UACGUGACGUCACAAACCCGGAAGUAAACAAGGUAAAGAAUGUAGCGUGCUGGCAAACAGUUAUGUUGGUAAACACUUUAACUUUGUGUGAAAAUAACCAAUCUGAAGCCGCUCCUGCAGAUUUAGACAAAGUCAUGAUGCCCGCUCGGAGCAGCUCAGGGGGAAUCUCUAAUAAUAAAGUAAAAUACUCCAGACUAGCAGACAGCGAUGAAGGUUACAUCGAUCUGCAGUUUAAGAGAAGUCCACCUAAAGUUCCAUACAAGGCCAUCGCUCUGGCGACGUUUCUCUUCCUGAUCGGUUCGUUAUUAAUUAUUAUCGGCUCUCUGCUCCUCACCGGUUACAUUCACGUUGAGAAUCCGGACCGUACGAUUCCCGUGCUCAUCAUCGGAGCGCUCAUCUUCCUCCCUGGCUUUUAUCAUCUGAGGAUCGCCUACUACGCCUCGAAAGGAUACCGCGGUUAUUCCUACGACGAUAUUCCAGAUUUUGACGACUGAUCCUGAUCCCGAUCGACAAUAAUACACAAGCCGCACGACGCCUUUCCUUUCCUCGUAGUUUCACUUCCUGCCACAGAGAUCCGGGACGACGCCGCGUCGUCUAUCCGUUACACAAAAUAAAUAAAUACACAUCGAAAAUAUUCUGAUAUGCAAAAUAGAAUUUAGCACUACGCACAAAAAGCCAAAAGAAACGCCUUUGUACGUUUACGUGCUGCGUUUUUAUGUACGAUGUGACGUGUGACGUGCAAACAGUUCUGGUGUAAUAAAGGAUUUUUUACAGUA